AUGGGCGUCCCUCAGUCUAAGGGCUCUGCCGCUCUGGGAGCCUUCGAUGAGUCUCGCAUCUUUACAUUUCCCGAUGGACUGUGGUUGGUGAGUGCGGACCGCUUCGCUGAUGAUGCGCUGGUGGAUUUUCAGUUUCUGACCCACGAUCAGCAGCAAGAAGCCCAAGCUGGGCUUGAAGACGAACUUGCAGCUGAUGCAGACCGUGCUGUCGGAUGCCUUCUGGGUUUGGCUAUAGGCGAUGCCCUUGGUGCUCCUUUGGAGUUCCAUCCGGUGCGCUACAAGGGUGAUCCGGACUAUGCCAAGUAUUCACCCUUAGCAGGCUUUGACGAGGCACUCUGGCAGGAUAAGUCGGAGAUGCGGGAGACCAAUCGGUUUUUGUUGCAAAUGGGCCAGUGGACUGAUGAUACAGCUAUGGCCUUGUGUUUGGCAGACUCAUUGUUAGCACACAAUGGCUUACAUCCCAGAGAUCUUCGGCUGAGAUUUCUAGCGUGGUGGAGACUGGGGUACAACAAUGCUUUUCGAUUGGAUGCAGACCGAUCGCGUCUUUGGGGCAGCCGUGCCUCUAUUGGAUGCGGCGGUAUCGUGGGUGAAUCACUGCAAGAGUUCAGGGCGGGUGCAGCAGACUACACAAGGACGGGCACCAUCCACUCUAGUGGCAAUGGCUCGUUGAUGCGUAAUGCACCUGUGCCAAUCUUGUACCAUCGCGACAUACACAUGGCCAUGGAAGCUGCGUGGCGGCAAUCGAAGACUACACAUCAGGGUGACGAGGCAGCCGACUGCGCCCGCCUUCUGACUUGGAUAUGCCUAAAUGCCAUUGUGUCUGGUUCCGGCAAGGCAGUAUUGCAGAAUCUUGACGACUUCCCGGCGCGUUUUUACUCAACCAAAUGUCUCGCGCAGUCACAGCAAGAAGAACGCUGCGCGGACAACACUGAGUCGGACCUCGCUGACAGGGACUGGCGAUGGCGAAGUCAGGGCUACAGAUACUCGCCCAAGCGUGCUCAUGCUGACCCAGGAUAUGCAGGCAGCUAUGCGAUGGACUGCCUGGCCAUGGCUUUGCAUUGCGUGCAUGUGACAGACAGCUUCGAGUCCGCGCUGCUCCAUGCAGCCAAUUUGUGUGGUGAUGCAGAUACCGUAGCUGCUGUGACAGGGCAAAUUGCAGGUGCGAUCUAUGGUGCCUCAGCAGUACCUGGAAGCUGGCUCCAGCACCUACAUCGUUGGGAUGAUGGAAACAUUCCACGGCGUGCUUGGCUUCUGUUUACAGCUUCACAGCCCGCAGACCCUGCCGCCGGGGAGCAACAAAACAGGUGGACCACUGUGCAUGCAGAGCCGCAUGAAGAUGGAGACGAGACAGAGCCAUUUUGUGACAACGUCUAG